UCUUCGUCUUUCCUUUUUCUGUUCUCUAUCGCCGUUAGGUUUCCUCCUCUAUCGCCGCUAGGUUUCCUUCGUCUCCCACCUCUUCUUCUUUCCUUUCCUCUUUGCAAUGUAACCAGGUUCUUCCCUCUCCACAACAAGUAAGGAGAAGCUCAAAGGAAACCUAUUUAUUAUUUCUUCCCUCACCGCAGCACCGCAGGCAGCCUCGCCAGGCGACGAGGUCGCCUUCGCAUUGCCACAUUCUGACGGCGAGAAGGAGAUGGUGUCGGAGGAAGAGAUCCGCCUGUCUUCCUCUUCUGGCUCCCUCCCCACAUCCAAGGAUGUCUUCCUCUUCUGGCUCCCUCCCCACAUCCAAGGAAGAUAUCAACCAAUGAUGCCAAGUCAUUGCGAGAUAUGGCAUGGAAGAAAGAUUCUCGAAUUCGUGAUGCUUAUUUGGCUUGUGAGAGUAAGGGUGAGCAUGAAAGGUUGACUACCUUCCUGAAGUUGACGUACACCAGUACAAGGCUAGGAUUGAACAUUAUCCAUAUUGCUACAGAAAUGGCACCAGUUGCAAAGGUUGGUGGUUUAGGGGAUGUUAUCACUGGUCUUGGUAAAGCAUUGCAGAGGAAGGGACACCUAGUGGAAAUUGUCCUUCCAAAAUAUGAUUGUAUACAGUAUGAUCUUAUUACCGAUCUGAAGGCACUGGAUGUUGUGGUAGAGUCUUAUUUUGAUGGACAACUAUUCAGGAACAAAAUUUGGGUUGGGACUAUUGAAGGACUGCCUGUUUAUUUUAUUGAGCCUCACCAUCCAGCCAAGUUCUUCUAGAGAGGAACAUAUUAUGGAGAGCAUGAUGACUUCAAACGGUUUUCGUUUUUCAGUCGUGCUGCACUUGAGUUGCUCUAUGAAGCUGGGAAAAGGCCUGACAUAAUCCAUUGUCUGUCAUGAUUGGCAGACAACCUUUGUUGUAUGGACCAAAUCCUAUCUUCUUAAAUCGUGCUGUCUAAUGGUCAUUGAUUUCUAGUGAAAUUCAAUGGACCUUAGCUUUCCAGAUCUAUGGUUUAUUAACGUAAUCAGAUAUAUGCUUUACAUUGUUUUCGGAAGGGUUUUUAAAGCAGAAUUUUUAGCUAGAUCUGAUUAAAUAUUGUCAUGCUUAACGUAAUCAGAUAUAUGCUUUACAUUGUCAUGCUUUACUUUUCUGAUUAAAGUACAUCCUUCCAUAUACUGUUAUGGAAACAAAAAUUUUUCAUUGUUUUCUUUGAUAUUUGUAGUUAACAGUAAGCGAAGACUACUAUUAGGUGCAUAUGGAAUGAUACUUUGCAUUUUUCUCGUUUGGUGACAGGUACUUAGAUUUUUAUGAAUCAAUAUAAUGGUUGAAGAUGAUCCAUCUAAUCGGAGUUUUUAUUUUACAAGACUUUGUUAGUAUUUACAAUUUAAUAUUUUGAGUGUCUUUGUAGGUUGUUUUGGAUGUAAAAGAUUUAUCAUUAGUAUUGCAUUUGUAAAUUUGACUCAAAUGAGUAUUGGAUGAAUAAAAAUAUC